GGAAGGAGGAAGUGAGAGUCCCGGUGUGGCGGGCGGGUCAGUGUGACAGCCCGUGGCUCUGUGUGACAGCCUGUGAUGCUCCUUCCGGACCGACGCGCUCAAGCUCUGGAUUUCCACCUGCCCGCCCCCUGCUUAUAACGCCAAGCACGUAAGGUGGGAGCAGCCGGUGGUGCUGCUGCUGCGGAGGAAGAGUGACUCCCGGCUGUUCGCAGCUCCCUGGAGGCUGCCAGAAGCUCAGGGUGGUGGAGCCCAGGUUCCCGGGGAGCAGCAUCCAGCUGUGGACAGCCAGCCCGGACUCAGAUGAAGCUGACAAGCAGCUUCGACAUUCCAAAAACACUAAAUGCCAAUAACAUGGAGACGUUGAUCGAAUGCCAAUCGGAGGGCAACAUAAAGGAACACCCCCUGUUGGCAUCAUGUGAGAGCGAAGAUGGCGUCUGCCAGCUCAUUGGGGUUAAGAAGAGGAAGAAGGUGCUGUCCUGGCCCUUUCUCAUUAGAAGGCUCUCUGCGUGGACAGACCUCCCCGGGGCUUUGGAGCCAGAACUGAAAGCGUCACUGUCCCAGCAGCCCUUAUCGGCCAUCUGCAGCAACGAUGACACACUGCCCAGACCCAUCCAGGACAUCCUGGCGGUUCUCUGCCUUAAAGGUCCCUCCACCGAAGGGGUGUUCAGGAAGGCAGCCAAUGAGAAAGCCCGCAAGGAGCUGAAGGAGGAACUUAGCUCUGGGGGCACUGUGGACCUGGAAGGUCUCCCUGUGCACCUGCUGGCUGCGGUCUUAAAGGACUUCCUCAGAAGUAUCCCCCGGAAGCUGCUCUCCUGUGACCUCUUUGAAGAGUGGAUGGACGCCCUGGAGAAGCAGAAUGAGGACGACCGAGUGGAGGCCCUGAAACAGGUUGCCGACAAGCUGCCCCGGCCCAACUUCCUGCUGCUCAGGUACCUGCUGUACGUGCUGCGCCUCAUCAGCAAGAACGCUGAGGUCAACAAGAUGGACUCCAGCAACCUGGCCAUCUGCAUCGGACCCAACGUGCUGGCGCCGGACAACGACCAGCACUUGUCCUUCGAAGCCCAGAAAGACUUGAAUAAUAAGGUCAAGGCGCUGGUCGAAUUCCUCAUCGAUAACUGCUUCGAAAUCUUUGGGGAGAACGUUCCAGCUCCUCCCAGCCUCCCUUCGGACGACUCCCUGGAAAACACUGACGGUUCAGACUUGACUCUGCAGAACGAUUCUGCAUACGACAGCACCGAUCCUGAUACCGACUCCAGUGGUGUGGCCGACUCCCCUGGCAGGCAGCCCCAGGCACCCACCAACCUGGCUGCCGGCUUGGACAAGUUCAGGCUGGAGCCCAUUGCCAGCACAGUGGCCAGGCUGAAGAGCUGCGCCAGCCAGCCGGACAGGAGGCACUCGGAACCCGGCAUGUCAUCCUCGCGGGAGAGCCUCGAGGACCGGGUGGCGCUCCAGAAACUAACGCGAAGUGAAGAGGGCUUCACCAGGCCGCCCCAGGGAGAGGGGGCGGCAGAGCCGUUUCCGGAAGAGGUCUUCUGCAACCCGGAGCACCGGAGCUGGAGGCCCAGGGACCUAAAGCUCAAGAACUUGACCCAGAGCUUAGCACUGCGGCGGGGCCUGGCGUCCAAGGCCUGCUCCAGCAACUCCCUGGAUGGGCCACCCGACAGCCCGCUCCUGGCUUCCCCUCCCAUCCCCCAAAGAGGCUUCUUUACUAGGCAUCAGUCCUUCAUCACCAAGGGCUCAGAGAAGGGCAAGCCCAGCCGAGAGCUCAAGAAGCACUCCCUGUCCUUCUCCUUGGCCUCGCACAAGCCGGCGUCAGCCAAGCUUGCCGCCGCGGGACCUGGAAGCGCUAAAGGCUGUGCUGGAGACCCAGGCAGGAAGGGCCAGAAAAGGGAAAGCCAGCUGGCUGGCCGCAUCAUCCAGGACAGCUUUGGAACUGAGAUGCACCGCCAGCUGGCCGGGGGGCUCAGCCUGCAACCCUGUGCCCACUCCUUGGUGGAUGAGGUGUUCCCGCCAGCAGAGGGUGGCUGUGCCGGGAGCCCACCGUCCUACGAGGAAGCCAUGCGAUGCCAGGUGGCCGGACUCGUGGCCUGCACGGGCCAAACUGUGGCAAGCAUGAGAGCGAGACUGCUCGGUGGGGACAGCAGAGAGCAACCUCACUGUGCCAGGGACUCGUGGGAUGUGUGUGGUGAACAGCCACGGACUGGGCACAGCCUCUCUUCGCUGAGCGAUGGACCUGCAGGGCUCCGGGCCACCCCACAGCCACCCGAGCUGCUCGGGCUAAGGAUGGCAGACGACUCUCUGCUGGACCGGCGGGACUGUGGGGGCCAACAAUGUAGCCAGACAGUUUUUGAGGUCGACCAAUUCCAGUAUGUUAAAGAGUCCUAUAUUUAGCAGACAGGCCCUGCCCCUACAACAUCAUGUGCGUGUGGCUUCCAGGUGAACUUGGAACUACUGUAGGAACUGCCUGUAGAUGUAAUUUCAAAAAAAAAAAGUCACGAGUAAGCUCCUGUAGAUGGUUGCUUAGGCUGCUGAGAGGACAGCUGCAUGUCCAUGCUGGGGUGUGCGUGCCCACGCGUGCACCCAUGAGUUUGUGCAAUAUAGAACAAAUAUAGAAACGUGUGUGCUGCGGGCCAGGCGUUGAGUGCACAAAGACCUCCACCUACGUUUUGGGGGUGCUGAGCUGCUGCCGGA